CCCAUCACGUGGCUCCGAGACUCGCCUGAACCUGCCUGAAUCUGGGAGGGUGCGGUCGCGUCUUCCGGCUUCCACAGCCACUUCCCUCGGGAGACAGGAAAGCUCCGUCUCGGGCGCCGCCGUCUCACGUACCUUUCCGCCCGCGGCACGCCCCUCCGUGGCUGCGGGUUCCCCACGCUCUCUGUGGCUCGCGCCUGGUUGGGGCCCGCGUCCCCCACACUGCUCACUGCCCCGUCCCCUCCCACUCACCCCGUCUAAAAUGUCUAAUAUUCUCCAGAGCGCCCUUCUGAAAGCCGCCGAGGAAAAGUCAGGCUCGGGUUCGCAUUGUGUUUCAGGCUGCAUGUACCAAGUAGUUCAGACGAUUGGCACGGAUGGAAAAAGUCUUCUGCAGUUACUUCCAAUUUCCAAAUCUUCUGGAAAUCUUACCCCGGUAGUUCAAUCUCCAGUGGUAUUUGAUGCUUUGAAAGGGAAUACAGGAACACCAGUUCAAGUUACUUUUCAAACUCAGAUUUCCAGCUCCUCUACGAGUGCACCAGUUCAAUUACCCAUUUUUCAGCCAGCCAAUGCUACAAAGUAUUUUCUUACAAGAACAGUAGAUACAUCAGGAAAAGGUAGCGUUACUUCUGUGGGGACUGGAAGUCUUACGCCACCAGUUUCUAAUGUUGAGAGUCAUGGUGUGAAAAUUGAUGGACUCACCAUGCAAACAUUUGCUAUUCCUCCCUCAACACAGAAUUACUCAUCUUACUUUGUAGUCAAUACCCCAAGUCUUCCAAUGAAUAUGAAUUCUUCAAUUUUGCCUUCUGGGCAUCAUUUACAGAUUCCUGUGAAUAUGAAUUCUUCGAUUUUACCUUCCGGGUAUCAUUUACAGAUUCCAGCCUAUGCUGAAGUGAAAACUACACCUGCAACCACCUUGUCUCCUUCAGUUCAUCAAAAGAUAUGUGGAACUGCAACUACAAGCACCUCAGGAAUAGAUGAGUCCUCCCAAAUACCAAGAGUUUUUUAUAUAUCUCCUGUAAAUUCAGUGCAAAAUAUAGUUACUGAGAACUUGCAGGAUAUUUACCCCAAACAAGUGACAUUAAAUACCUCGAACAUUCCAGUGAACGUUGCUACACAGACAGAGUUAAAAGGUGGUCAGCACUCUCAGGCUACUCAAGUGACAUGGAAUUUUCAAGAGAAUCUACAGCCUGCUAUUCCAUCCCUUGUUCCUGUUAAGUCAUCAAAUGGGGCAUCAAAGAUUAUAAAAACUGUUAUAGGUAGAGAAGUGAUAGGAGAUAAUAUUAAAAGUACACAUCUGUUGACAACCAUCAGGUCUCGAAGGACACAAUACAUACGUGUGCCUUUUAAAGAUAAUGCAUUGGUAAUGCUUAAUGAGAAAGUCUAUCUGAUGACUAAAGAGGGUCUGCCAUCACAAAAUGACCAACAGAAUUCUGUUUCUUCUGAUACUCCUCUAAGAAAAGAUUGUUCACAGGUAGUAAGUUCAAGUCCAGGCACAGAAAUACCCAAAGAGGUAAAUAGUUCUUUGAUUGAAAGUAAAUCUUUGGAAUUGGAGACAAAAUCACUUUCAAAUUCCCAGCUUGCUUCCAUGGCCAGUCUAAGAGCAGAGAAGAAUGAAAAAGUGGAGAGACCAUCAUUUUCUAUGACAAACUCACAUACUUUGAACCAAUCCUGUAACUGCCUUAAACAGAACCAGACUGUGUUUACAAACCCAGUUUUUCCAGAUGGAUUUAGGACAGGACAGAAUACCCCCAGAAAAGAAAAUCUCAUCCAGAGCGUAGAGAAAAUAUGUUCCUCUGUCGAUGCAGCAACUGUUACUUCACAACAGUGUGUUUUCAGAGACCAAGAAUCACAGACCCAGUCUGAGAUGGCAUCCAUGUUAAAAAAGGAUACCCAAGAAAGAAAUAACAAGAAAUAUUCUCAAGGAAGCAACACAAAAGCGUCAUAUCUGAAGAGUGAUGCUGAAUUUAUAAAGCUCUUUGGUCUUACUAAAGAUUUGAGAGUUUGUCUUACUCGAAUUCCUGACCAUCUGGGCUCUAGAAAAGGUUUUGAUUCCUUUAAUAAUAUGGUGAAGAAUAAUUCUUACAGAGAUGCAGAUAUUGUGAUGAAGGAAGAAGAAGUAAAACAGCACAGCUUUCCUAAGAAAAGAAAAGCAAAAACCGUUAAGAAGAUGGAUUACACAAAAAGGAGAAAAAUAAAGAGGGCUAGUGACGCGGUCGUGAAUGGAACUGAUGAUGCCAGUUCCCAACUCCUUAGUAUUUUACCAACACCAGACAUACCGCAACAUAACAUUGUCACAAGCACAGCCAGGGAAGACAAGAGAACUGAGGUAGAAAACUGCUCCUAUGAGAAGCAGGAAAAAGGCACAUUAAGUUCAAGUACAUCUUGUGAACAAAGUUAUUUUAAUAGAAGCUAUACUGAAGAUAUUUUUCUAAUAACACCACCAGAAUUAGAAGAAACCAUUAGAGAUGAAAAAAUUAGAAGACUUAAGCAGAAUCUGAGAGAGAAAGAAGCAGCUCUUGAAGAAAUGCGUAAGAAGAUGCACCAAAACCAGUAAAGAUUUAAAGAACUGUAUUACUACAGAAGUCCCCUCUUACCUGAUGUGGAACGAGUCAAGACCCCCAAUGGAUGCCUAGAAGUGGAGAUAAUACCAAAUUAUGUAUUCAACUGCUGUGGCAUCAUUACGUUUAUUCAGAUAACUAAACGUUUAUUUAAAUGAAUAAUAAGCAAGUAGUAUAUACAGUGUGGAUACAUUUAAGAGGAUAAUUGUUGUCCUGAAUAGGAAUUUUUUGCCAUGCUUCUAAGAAUGGCAUGUAAUUUAAAAGUGAUGAAUUCCUUUCUGGAGUUUCUAAAUUGAUUUGGACAGUUUUUCAUGAAAACAGAAAAGGCAACUGCAAGCUAUAAGGGAUUGCUGUUACUUAUAAAAAGGCACUCUGAAAGUGUCUUUAUAUAAAACUUGAGGGGCACUAUAAAUGUUGGGUCAUAUGACCUGUCAAUUUACAUGAAGUAUUUCGACAUAUGUGUUUUAGAAGAAUAUUUUUGGUAUUUUUCUGUGAAAUGGCAUUCUUCAAAUUUGAAUAUUUUGUACAAGUUUUCUGUUAUAUCUUUAAAUUCCUCAGGUCUUACUCUGACAAAUAUUGUGUACUAUAAUCUGCAAUCCAGGAUAGGAAGUCAGCUGUAAACUUAACUUUACCAUUGAGUUUUUAUGUAUACUGUCUUGAUCUUCUUACCUAUAAUAUAAAA